AUGGAGCCUAUAGUGACCCUUUCAGCAUUUUCUGAAAUAGAUAAUUAUGAAUCAUCAAUAAAUGAUGUGGCCAUGUAUUUUACCGACGAAAUCACUAACAUAUUUUUGAUGAUCAAUUUUGCAUGCCUGUGCGGCUUGAUUAGCUUUCUGGGAAUAAUUGCUAAUAUCAUCAAUUUGAUCAUAUUUUACCGACAGGGUUUGAAUACAACAAUCAAUAUUGGCUUCUUCUCCCUGGCGCUCUCAGAUUUGUGCAGCUUGGUUUUACAGCAAGUCUUCAACGUGUUUGUCAAUCUGCGGUUAAGUAAUUCUGAUGUGCCUGUCGUGUUUGUUGAAAUCCAGUUCUUGACCGCCACGCUUUCCCGGGAAAUGUUCACCACAAUAACUUCUUUAAUAACAGUCUAUAUCACUGCUGAACGAUGUUUAUGUAUUGUGUUUCCACUACAAGUGAAACAAAUGAUAUCUCUAAGGAGCACAAUCGUGGUUAUGAUUGUUAUUUUUGCAGUCACUUUAUUAUCUCCCAUAGCAAUUUAUUCAACUUCUUAUUUAGAAUGGAAGUUUUACCCAAAUAUAAAUAGAUCCUUUUUGAGUAUGGGUUAUAAAGAUAACUUUGAAACUUGUGAAGUUGUAAGUUACUUUAUCCAUGCAAUUGUAGGCUUGGUUUCUUAUCUCGCUGUUGUUAUAUUUACUCUGAUUUUAAUAUACAAACUGCAAGAAAAACAUACAUUUUAUAGAAAAGCAAAUCUGAACCAAGACAAAACUAGAUCCUUGUCUAAACGAGAUAGAACAACAAUGGCAACAGUUGUUCUCAUAGCAACUAUUUUAAUUGUAUGUUUCAUCCCUGCAGGGAUUCUGUGCAUCAUGUCGUUUUUGGAACCAGAAUUUAAUGUUCGAGACAAAUACCAUAAUAUGUUUUACUGUCUAUGGAGUUUUGCCAUGUUGUUCGAGAGCAUCAAUUCUAGUGUUCCUAUUGUCCUGUACCUGAGAAUGAGCACACGAUUCAGAACUCAAUUUCGGCUGUUAUUUUAUAGGUGCCUCUGCCCAAUUGAAUCUUCUGUAAUUAAAAACAAAACAUGGUAG